AUGAGUGCAGACGGAAACAUCACCUCGAGUACGCUCACGUUCAUGCCGAAAGUCGACGACAACGGAAAGACGAUCAAGUGCCUUGUUCGAAACGAAGAGAUCGAACACGUCGUCAUUGAAGACUCCAAGAAGCUUGACGUUCACUAUGUCCCCAAAGUGGAGUUUUUCCUCGGGAGCAAACUGGACCCGAAGAACAUCAAGGUCGGAGACGACGUCUACUUCGAUUGUUCGAUCGACGCUAAUCCGUCAGUUUUCAAAACCUUCUUCUCCCUGGACGGGAGCAUCUUGGAACGGGGAGAAGGAGUCGUUAUCACGAAUCAGACGCUCGUGCUUCAGAAAAUCCAACGCGUCAAGACGGGGUCCUACCGAUGCCACGCUCAGAAUAGCCAAGGUGAAGGCCAAAGCGAACCCGUUCAUCUCCUCGUCAAAUAUCCGCCCGUGUGCAAGGAGAAUCAACAAGCCAUCUACGGGGUGGCUCUGAUGGAAAAAGUGCAGAUAAGUUGCCAAGUGGAAGCGGAGCCUGCACCGCAGUCCUUCAGGUGGGCUUUCAAUAUAUCCUCCGAAGUUCUCGAGGUUCCUGAGGGACAUCAGAUGCGACCGGACCCGUUCCGAAGCGUCGUCUCCUACGAGACGCAGACUGAGUUCGACUACGGCACUCUGCUCUGCUGGGCGACCAACGCUAUUGCCAAUCAACAAACUCCAUGCGUCUUCCACAUCUUGCAAACAGGGUCGCCAGAGCCGCUUAUCAACUGCAACUUCGUGAACCAAACUCCGACCUCGCUGAAAGUGGAGUGUCAGGAGGGGUUCGACGGCGGACUUCCGCAGCUUUUCAUUAUGGAGCUGUACACGUCCGAAGAGAAAACAUUGGCCACGAACUUGACGAAUGAUAAGCCGGCCUUCACAGCUAAAGGGCUGCAGGACGGGAUUUCCUACACCGUCGUUCUGUACGCUGCGAACAGCAAGGGAAGAAGCGUGACGACGACUUUGGAGACCCGCACUCCGAAAAUCAUGGACGUGAAAAAACUCGACACAGGGCAAGGUUUCACAGGCACCGACCGACUAACCAUUUUCAAUCCUACCGUGGCGGCAGGGAUCGGAGUGAUCUGCCUGAUCCUCGUGGGUGUCGUGGUCUUGCUGGUUGUCAUGACCGUUCGUCGGUGCAGGACGAUUACGACCAGAUCCAGGCCUCCGAAAAUCGUCAGUAGCUCGCAAAUGAAUUCAAACAAUGUGUACAAAUGCGAGCGAAGCAGCGGGGACAAUGACCACGACGUAGUCCCUCUUAAAGCUGGAACGCUGCUACGCGUGAAGGGCUCAGACAUGAACCGACAGUGCACACAGGUGAAGACGGUCACGCUGGGGCAAGAGUACUCAGUCCUAUCAAACCCGCCGCCGGGAUCCUGUGCAACCUUGCCGUUUCCGGUUUCGUCCAGAACCAAGUCCUUAAAUCAUAUUCCUGAGCAAAUUGACUAUCAGUUGCCACCUCCGGUUCCCGACGUUGACGGGACAGUCGAGAUGGGUGGCUACAUUUACGGCAAUGAGCAGAUGUGGCUGAAGGACCAGGAGCCGCUGUCACCGCCAGAGUCAUUUCUCACACCGUGCGAGGCAGCAAAUCACGCGCAGCACCACAAUCAACACUACCAUCAGGUGCUGCCUACUGAAACCGCAGUCGUUCCGGAGCCAGCACAGGCGGAUGCGACGUCUCGAGAAUCCCGGUGGCAUUGA